AGCAUCACUUCCAAAAUGAAAUUGCUAAUUGCUCUCUGCCUUGUGUCCGUCGUAGUUGCGGUUCCACCCUACGACGACAUACAAGUUUUACGUUACGACAGUGACAAUAUCGGAACUGGGAGCUAUAGUUAUCAGUUCGAACAAUCUGACGGCACGAAGCAAGAACAAGUAGGCGAACUUAAAAACGAAGGUGUUGUUGGCCAAGCAGAAGUUGUCAGAGGCUCCUACUCUUGGAUAGCUCCCGAUGGCUACAACUACAUCGUGACAUACGUAGCUGAUGAACUCGGAUACCGAUCAACCAUUGAAAAGGGCGCCAAACGGAUUUAA